UUCAUUCUCCUUUCGCCCCCAUCCCGGGGCUCCGGCGUAUCCGCCAUACUAGUUCAUGACCAUGCACUAUGAGGGGACGAGGCUCUUCAUAGUUGCCUUUCCAAUUCUUUGCUUCUUUCGCCUCAGCCGGGCCCAGUGAUUGGGCAUAUGAGGCGCAAGUGGUCACAGCCACGUGCAAGGCACCGACGCCUCAUGUAUUGUACCUGUUCUGGGUGCUUCGUCUGCCUCUACUUAUACUUGUCUUUUCCCCAACUGGUAUCGGUGGGGAACACCGUCAGAGCCCGUGAGGUGCCUUUGCUAACCCGUUUGUUUCAUAGACAGUGGACCUCUCUGAUCGCUAGCUGCAGAAUCCAUACCUGCGUAUCUCGUAUUUCUCUUUGUGCGCUCGACAGUGCCACUUAUUGGGUUGUGACUCCCGCCUCCUAUCGUGGCUUCCGCCUUGUCCGCUUUCGACUCAUACUUUUACCACGCCCUCGUUCUUCCGGGAUUUGGCAGCAGCCAUCCCUUGCGUCGCUGUUAAUACCUUCCGCUCUUACUUUCAAUCGUAUCCUUACUCGGUUAAGGGGUAUCUCUGCAGACCUCCAUAGAUCCUUGGUUGGUAAACCCACACGAUCCCCUGAUUGUCUCCUUGCGAUCUCGGCGUUUAGCACCUUGGCGCACACGUUUACUGAUGCGGUUUGUGCACGUCGCUUUAGAUCUCCAACAGCUGACGUCGAGUUCUCAAUUUGUGACUUGGCUCGAUUGCUCGAAAACCGUUGAAGAUUAGCCCGUCCAACUCUUAUCAUACUCGCCCUCAACGUUUUAUUAUCCUAAAUCUGCGUACGAAUCCGUCCGAGGAUAGUCGUUUCUGAGUC